AUGCAACGGCGGACCAUUGUGCAGCUCUCCCGUCGUCGUCCCGUCGAUUGGCCCGGUACAGCCCGACUACGAGAUGUUACAGUAUCUUAUCAUCCGCGACGAUGCUUCCACCCCGCCCUUUCUAGACUCAACUCCUCCGAACACUCUUCUUCCGGUAAUCCAGAUGGCGUAACCGAAUUUCCAACGUCCCAGAACUCGGCGUCGAAGUUCGGAUCUCGAUGGGCGCGCCAGCAAACAACACAGCCCGCGGCUCUCAGUUUGGAGGAGCAGGCCGUCCGGAACGCCUUGAUAGCAAAGGCUCCCAGUACCUCUGGAUCGAACCCAACAGCCGGCUCCUCGGACGCUUUACAAUCAGCCCCGAGGUUCGGUUCUCGCUUCGCACCGAAGCAAACAUCUCAGUCGGCGAGUCUUAGUCCCGAGGAGCAGGCCGUUCGGGACGCCCUGAUCGCUAAGUCUCGUGGCCCUUCUAGUACGAAUACGACAAAUGGGACAACAGAUUCCGCUUCUUUCACAUCGGUGCCGAGAUUCGGUUCACGCUGGGCAGCAAGGCAAGCAUCCCAUUCCUCGACGCCUAGUUCAGAAGAGCAGGCCGUUCGGAACGCUUUGAUGGCAAAUUCUCCCGGUGGUUCUAGCACAAAUACUUCAAAUGGUGCGAACGAUGGUGCUUCUUCGCCAACGACGCCUAGCUUUGGUACGAGGUGGGCAUCAAGGCCAACACAUCAAUCCUCGGUUCUUACUCCAGAGGAGCAGGCGCUUCGGGACAGCUUGCUAAGAUCUGCGAACCAACGUCGAUCACGGAAUCAGGAAGAAUCGACAUCGCAGAAAUCCAUUCCAUACCGACGUCCCGGCUUUGAAUUCAAUACAGGAGAUUCCCGUGUGCCGUGGAGGAAUCGUUUCCCUUCUUCUAUGGACAAAGAAAGUUCGGAGCUUCAACCCCUCAGGGAGCACGAAGUCCAUCGCCUGCCAAGGUUAAGUAGGGCACAGCGCGGCCAAGAUUGGGAAUGCCCCGACUGUGGUUUUAAGUGCUUCGGCAAGUAUAUUGCUUGUCCAAUGUGCAAAGCGCGGAGACCUGGACUAAUAAGACCAUCUUCAUUGCAAGAAGAAGAGCCUCGCGGCUCUAUCCCUAAAGAUUGGACAUGCCCCGGUUGUGGUUUUAAUUGUUUUGGGAAACAUAGACGUUGUCCACGUUGCAAAACGCGGAGACAACAUGCAAAUAUGGGCUCGAGGGAGCUUUCACGUGCCUCUCAAACUGGUGGCAGCAUCGAGCCCAGAGGGGACAUGGCUACGGGCCAUGAUCUAUAUACUGACCUUAGUGGGGAGACAUUCGAAUAUUCGACCGGGGAUUUUCACGAAAAGCCCACCAAGAUCCGCAAGACGUUCGCCCGUGAUGCCGAGGCCGAUGAUAAACCUCGACAGUCGGCUCUCAGGCAGCACAUGGCAGCGAAAUUGGCUAUGGAAGAAGAGACAGGUGAAGUAGAUGCUGGGCUUCGCCGGCGACUGAAAGAAAUGAGGUCUCGCAAGCCUGAGAGGUCUGAAGCGUUGGAGGAUAAAACGGAUUCCUGGUCGUCUUCUCCGGGACGGUGGAAAUCUCGCGAUGAUUUUGACAAGAAAUCAAAGCGACGAGGAGACCAUCGUGAGCGCGAAUCAGAGAUCGAAGAGGAAGAGUUUGAUGUAGAGGAAUAUCAUCGCCGACGGGAGGAGCGAAAGAAGUUGAAGAAAGAAAGACGGUCAAAAGAGGUAGAAGAACCUCAACUGAGCCGGCUCUAUCUUCCCGAAUUUAUCAGCGUCAGCAAUUUUGCCGAUGUCGUUGGCAUGCGACCAGCACAGUUAGUUGAACAGAUGGAGCAGAUGGGUUUCGAAGAUGUUUCUUACAGCCACGUCCUUGACGCCGAGACAGCUGGUCUGAUCGCUGCCGAGUUCGGUUACGAGCCUAUCCUCGACACUGGCGCUGACCAGGAUCUAACAGCCGCACCUGAGCCAGAGGAUAAAUCUAUGUGGCCAUCGAGGCCUCCAGUCGUCACGAUCAUGGGCCAUGUAGAUCACGGUAAGACUACUAUUCUCGAUUGGCUGCGCAAGUCAUCAGUUGUUGCAUCGGAGCAUGGAGGCAUCACUCAGCAUAUUGGUGCGUUCUCUGUCAGUAUGCCGUCUGGUAAAAAGAUAACGUUCUUGGACACGCCCGGCCACGCGGCCUUUCUCGACAUGCGCCGACGUGGUGCUGAUGUGACGGAUAUUGUGGUGCUCGUUGUAGCUGCCGAUGACAGCGUCAAGCCGCAGACCGUCGAGGCCAUCAAGCAUGCUACAAGCGCCAAGGUCCCCAUCAUUGUGGCCAUGAGCAAAAUUGACAAGGAAGGGGUCAAUCCUGAGAGGGUCAAACAAGAUCUUUCCACCCAUGGCAUCCACGUGGAAGACUAUGGUGGUGAUGUCCAGGCAAUUGGUGUCAGUGGAAAAACUGGCCAAGGAAUGCUAGAGCUCGAAGAAGCUAUUAUUACUCUCUCCGAGGUUUUGGAUCAUAGAGCCGACCCAGACGGCUUCGUCGAAGGAUGGGUCAUCGAAGGCACCACGAAGAGCUAUGGCCGUGUUGCAACCGUCCUCAUCCGACGCGGAACCCUCCGACCUGGCGAUAUUCUGGUCGCCGGCAACACGUGGACCCGUGUCCGUACACUUCGGAACGAAUCUGGCAUUUCCAUCUCUGAGGCUACUCCGGGAACGCCAGUCGAGAUAGAUGGCUGGAGAGAGAACCCAACAGCUGGCACAGAGCUCCUGCAGGCGGAAGACGAACAACAUGCCAAGGAGGUCGUGGAGUACCGGCUAGAGAGAGAGGAGAGUCAGAAGCUAGGCGAGGAUACGACAGCCAUUAACGAGGCUCGCCGUGAGCUGCUCGACCAGCGACGAAGAGAAGCUGCCGAAGACGAAGAGCCUGCGGAAGAGAAACCCUCUGGUCCCAAACCAGUCAACUUCGUGGUUAAGGCGGACGUUCACGGAUCGGCGGAAGCUGUUGAGAACUCGAUAACCGCCAUUGGAAACAACGAAGUUUAUGCCAGAGUGCUCCUCUCUGAAGUGGGACCCAUCAGCGAGUCUGAUAUUGAGCUUGCGGCCGCUGCCGACGGCCAUAUAAUCUGCUUCAACAUGCCUAUUGACCCCACCAUGAGUCGGAUGGCACAGAAUUUGGGUGUCAAUAUAAUGGAUCAUAACAUCAUCUACAAACUCGUUGAUGAAGUCAAGGAUACUCUGAGCGAGCAGCUGGCCCCUUUGAUAACACAGCGUGUCACUGGAGAGGCCGAGAUCGGGCAGGUCUUCGAGAUCUCUCUCAAGGGGCGUGCGAAGACAUCCAUUGCCGGAUGUAAGGUGCGCAACGGAGUAAUCAGUCGGGGUAAGAAGGUUCGCGUCAUUAGAGGACAGGAGACUAUCUAUGACGGCUCGAUUACAUCCCUAAAGAACGUCAAAAAGGACGUUACUGAGAUGCGCAAAGAUACCGAGUGUGGUAUCGGCUUCGAGAACUGGACCGAGUUUGCAGUUGGCGACCAAAUCCAGAGCUACGAAGAAAUCUCGGAGAAGAGACAACUCUGA